CGCAGCUCGGAGCCCCCGGCCCCCACCGCCGCCGCUCGCUCGGGGCCGCAGCAGCUGAAGCGGCCGCCCCAGCCCAGUCCCGGAGCGACGAUGAGGGGCAUCCCGGGCUUAAAGAGGCUGCGGCUCAAAAUCUGGCGGCGAUGCGCCCUGCUGCUGCUCCUCCUCUGGGCUGCCUGCUGGGUGGUGGUGAGCGCUGCGCUGUUCCUCUUCCACAGGAGCGUCUUCUCCGAGCGCUGCACGGACGAGAAAAGCCACCGGAUCCUAGCCAGGCUGUGUCUUGACUACAGCAGCGGAGCCCUGACUGGUGACCUCUGUGAAGACCUGUGCGUGGCACAGAAGCUGGUGUACAAGCACUGCCUUUACUAUGACAGAGGUAAGAAGGUCAUUCAGGCCGAUUGGAGAGGCCAGCCCAUCAUACUGAAAUCCAAAAAAGAAGUCUUUUCCAGCUACCAGCACCUCAGUAUGCUGGAGGAGGUGGAAACACAGGAUAUACCUGAAACUGAGCUUCUGCUGAUGGUAGCUUUGGAGGUCAAAAAUGCCUUGGGGCUAGAACUGUCUAAUAGUACCAUGGGGCCCCUGUGGACAAGGAAAAAGGGACCACAUUGGAAAGCACAGGUGGCCAGCAUGUGGUCCUUGCUCCAGCAGGAAGAAUAUAUCUACUUCAGUUUGCUGCAGGACUUCAGCAAACACGUGCUACGAAUUAUUGGCUCUUGUGGACACUUUUAUGCUGUGGAGUAUCUCACAGCUGGACAUGCCUGGCACAAAACUCUUUUUCCCUUGGAAAAUGCGAUUGGUCCCUCCCUUACCGGACACAAAAGCAGGGUGAGAGCCAUCACUGACAUUGCACUCAGCUUUCUGGACAUGGUGCAGCAUUUUGAUAAUGAUUUCUCUCACCGACUCCACCUGUGUGACAUCAAACCAGAAAAUUUUGCUAUCAGGCAUGAUCUUACGGUGGUGGCCAUUGAUGUGGAUAUGGCCUUUUUUGAACCCAAAAUGAGGGACAUCCUCGAACAGAAUUGCACAGGAGAUGAAGAUUGUAAUUUUUUUGAUUGCUUUUCAAAAUGUAAUCUGAAAAUAAGAAAAUGUGGAGCACAGAGAGCCAAUAACAACUUGCAAGUAAUCUGUGACAAAAUAUUCCGUCACUGGUUUUCCCCAAAUCUCAGAGGACCGUUGGUUUCCCUCCCCCUGCAGCUGCAGCUGCAGAAAGCUGUGCAGGAGUGUGCUCAGCCGGGGCACAUGGACGCUGCCGGGCACCAGAGGACUCUGAAAUCUCUCUCUGAGUUAUACCACCUGCUUCAGGUCACUCAACAAGAACUGCAAAGGGCAGAGUAGACACAAAAGGCAGGACUGCAAAGGCUACACGCUAGUCUCUCUGCCAUCCCUCCUACCCACUGUACAUUUACAGCACAGAGAUUGCUUUUCUGCUAUGCAAAUUAAAUUCAUGGCUGCAGGUGCAGCACAUGCUCUUAAUAUCCUAUCAAGUGUGAAAUUGUUUUACAUUACCUGGAUUCUGUUCUUGCUUAUUCUCCUGAGCUAGCACUAUACCUCUCCAUCAGAAUUCAGCACACCAUUCACUUACCAAGAGCUGUAGACACUGCAUCUCUCUGAGAGUGGUGCUCAGAGUGAGGAUGCAUCUACAGAAGAAAAGUGUAAGUAAGUGCAGCAAAACUACUGCCGAUAACUAAAAGAGUGGAUGGGUGUGGAUAAGUACAUGCAUGGUGCUUGUUUAAAUUUCUCUGUAGAAUGAGGCUUAUUUAAAGUAGGGACAGAGUGCUCUGUGUGAUGAUAAAAAAAAAAAAGGAUCUCAAAUAGGGAAAUGUGUUUUCACAUGAGCACAGGGUUGCUUUUGUAGAAAGCAGUCCUGUCUGAUGUCCUCAAAUGCAUUUUCUCUGGGGCAUUGCAUUACCUGUGCGAUAGAUAACUUUCUGGGGAGAAAUUAUAUAAAGCUACUUCGGGCUUUUCUAGAGCAAAAUAAUUAUACCCUUGCUGAGUUCCCAUGUGGGUACUCAUAUUCUGCAGUGCAGAGGUAUGAAUAAUGCCACUGGAUUUUCCCAUGUGAACAAGCCCUCAGGCACUUGUACAUCAGAGCACUUGAUAAGAAGCACUCCUUUGCCAGAGAGCAGAAUUACCCAGGAAUGUCAACAAUCUGUCCUUUGCACUGAACAGAACAAUAUCCAGACCCAGAGUUGUCUUCCACAGUAUUUUUUUAAUGAACAAAGAGAAAAUUUUUGUAUUAAUUCAUAAUCUUGCAAUGAGUUACAUAAAUAAAGAUCCCUAGAUUAAUUUA